AUGCGUUUUGUAUUUACACUUCCUGUUGACAUUCACUACAGUUUGAGUUUCAGUAUUUUUUAAAAGAAGAAAGAAAAUGUGAUCCUGCACGCUGCAGAAAGAGAUUUUAUGUGCAGAUAGCGUAUGUUACUGAUAGUUACUACACAGAAACAAAUUAAACAUGGCAUUACCAUCCAUGCCGCACUACUGGACAACCCGAAGGAACGUUUACGAGCAGGCCAUUGUUAGGAAUCGAAAUCAUGAUGACCAUCUACGAGAGAGGUGGGGCCACACAGCUGACUACUUCCAGAAGUCUAACAUAGCAGCAACAAAACAGACGGAAUGGGAGUCCGAAAAAUCCCUGAAGUCCAGUAUGGAUGCCUACCAGAAAGGAAAAGACUCUGAAAAGAAAGCAAAAAACUUGGCUCUACGCAGAGAGAAACUAGCAGCCAUGUUAAGACAGGAGAGAUAUAAGUUUGAAGCAGAACUGAAGGGAUAUUCAUUGGACAAUUUUGAUCGUCUGGAAGAUAUGAAGGAUCGAGUGGACUCCUUAAGGAGUGCUCGAGAAGAAAAACGAAAAAAUUUGGCUGAGGAGAAACUUUAUGAACACUGGAGACAAAACAACCCAGAUAUCAGAAAGAUUGAAGCGGAGCAGCUGAAGGAUCAUGUGGUGGACAAGUGGGGGUCUCAAAUGGAAGAGUUUAGAGAGAAAGAAGAGCAGGAAAGAAUUGAGAAAGAAAAGUUCGAGAGAGAAAUGGAAGAAGAACGAAAAGCAGCACUGGAAUUGGAGAGACAGAAGGAAGAAGAUCGGUUAGAGGAGGAGAAGAAAUGGAAGGAUGUAUUGAGGGAGCAGAUGUUUGAGCUCCGAGAUCGAGAAGCUGAGGCGGAGAGACUGAAGAAGGAACAGGACGCCCUGCAGACAGAACAGUGGAGGCUGGAAGAUUUAGAAGAUGAACGCAAAAAGAUGGAGUCAGCUCGUGGUCAACGCGAAAUGGGUCGCAUGCUACUGAGGCAGCACAAGGCUCAGAUGAUGAGAAGAUCUCGACAAAUCCAAGAAGAGCUGGAACAAGACAAGAGGAUGUUAGAGGCUCUGAUUGAGAGAGAAAACGAGGAACGAGAGAUGCUGACCACACGACGGGAAAAGGCCCAAGCCGACGCAGCAUGGAUGAAGCAGGUGAUCGAGGAUCAGUUACGAGUAGAGAAGGCGAGAGAGGCAGAGCUGGACAUGUUGUAUCAAGAGGAAGCAGCUCGAAUGUGGGAGAAGAGGGAUGCAGAGUGGGCCCGAGAAAGCAAGGCCAGGGAGAGGCUGAUGUCAGAGGUAUUUAAAGAUAGACAACAACAGAUUGAGGAGAAGUUAGAGGAGGUGCAGCAGGAACGAGAAGAAUCGCUACGGCAACGGGAAAAACUGAUCGCGGAGAUGGAGAUAGCAAAUCAAAUGACACAACGUGAUCUUGAAAAGGCUGAAGAACAGAAAGAGGCCCUCAAACUCGACCUCGAAGGACAGAUCACAUCACGUCAAGAGCAGAAGUUGACGUCCCGACAGAGGAUGAUGGAAGAGGAAGAAAAUGAAAAACGUCAAGAGCAGGACUACGAGGACUUCCUGCAAAAGGAGACGGAGAGAAUGAGAGUUCGGGGUUUUGCCCCAAAGAAUUUCGGAAGGAGGACUGCCUGGAUGUAAGGACAUAGUGACCACUGGUCAGUAUUCGGUGUGACUCGCACUGCCAGACAUGCUCACCGAGUCGUGGAGACAUUUUAUCUCCAUGUCCCAGUUUAUCUCAACAAAAGUCGUACAUGUACCUGCAGCCACAGUUGUGAUAUUUUUUGGUCUAUAAUACAUGUCCCAUAGGUUUUAACUGAUGCUUCAAGAAUCUGUAGAACAGACCGUUUCAAAUGUGUUCUGUAGAGACCAGAAUUUGUUCACAUGGAAUAUUUUUAUGAUAAUAUAGAUUAUAAAUAUUAAAAUGUAAAUAUUAAA